CAGGAAAAGCCGGGACCGGGAGGGCACAGCCCGGGCUCGGGAACCGCGGCAGGAGGGCCCUGUCCCGGCAAGAGCAGGGAACAGACAAGCUGGGCAGGGAGAAGAUUUGGUAAAGGCAAAGCUUCAUCACAGCUCAGCUCUCAAAAAACUGGUUUGAAAACAUCAAUUAAGCUUCCUGUUGUCUGUUUUCAAGAUCAGCGGGGGAGGAAACUGAGGCACAGGAACAGGGAAUCAAGACAUGAGUCCUGUGUAUUUUGGAGUGUUGGCCUGACAUGAGCAGUGCUGCAUCCUCAGGUAAUGUCAGUGAUCCAGCUGCCAGGUGGUUCAGGGGUGUGAAGUGCCCCAGUGGGUCAGUUGUGGUGGGGAUGGUGAAAGUCUCCUGGGACAGGUUCUAUUUCAUCCCCUAAGUGAGUGAAACAGCACUGUCUGCAUGAUGCACCUUCAUGUGGCUGUGGUGGGGCACAGGGGAAUGUGAGAAGUGAUAAUCAGUAAUUAAAAUUAACCAGGCAGUGUUUAAUAACUAAUGUGUGCCUUUGAUAUUAGGGUAAAAUGUCAGUGCUGGGAUUUCCUGCUGGGUGGCAGAACUGCCUGCAGAGUCAGCACACUGGAUUUGGGGGAUUGCAGUGUCAGAGCAAAGGCCUUCAGAACACUCUCCUGGGUCAGGACCUGCUGCAGGUCUCUGCUGCAUCAGCCCAGCAGGACCCUCCUGUCUCCUGUGCCUGCUCAGCUCACCUCGAGGCUGCAGGAUGGUUUUCUACGAGCCUGGCUGCUCCUCCCUCUGCUGCUGCUCUCUUGCCUGAGGUAGAGAUGGAAGAUGGGCACUCCCUGUUCGAUUACAGCGUGGGGCUGAACGAUAUUGUUCAGCUGCUGGUCAGACAAAGCCCGGCCGUGCUGCCUGCUGGGAGCAAGGAGAAGGACUCGGAGCUCUCGGACACCGACUCCGGCUGCGGCUCCGGCCCCAGCGAGUCCGACAAGAGCUCCCACAACGGGGAGGCUGCCCUGGAGCUGGAGGGACAGCCCAGCACGGCAGCUCAGCCCGACUGGACCGACGCCUGCUUCGGCCUCUACAAGAUCAAUGACUUGGUGGAUGCUCGGGACACAGACAUGGGAGCGUGGUUUGAAGCCACAGUUGUGAAUGUAACCAGGAAAAAACCCACCAGUGAAUCAGCUGAGAGCUGCACAGAUCCUGACCAGCCCACAGCUGUCCCUGAAAAAGAUGUAAUUUAUCAUGUGAAAUAUGAUGAUUAUCCAGAGAACGGCGUGGUGCAGAUGAGCUCGGGUAACGUGCGGGCUCGGGCACGGACCAUCCUCAAGUGGCACCAGCUGGAGGUGGGGCAGGUGGUGAUGGUCAACUACAACCCCGAUGAGCCCAAGGAGAGGGGCUUCUGGUAUGAUGCUGAGAUCCUGCAGAAAAGGGAAACAAAAAUGACCAGGGAGCUCAAUGCAAAGAUAUUACUUGGGGAAGCUGGUGAUUCCUUGAAUGACUGCACAAUUAUAUUAGUGGAUGAAAUCUAUAAAAUUGAAGAGCCAGGCACUGCUUCUCCCAUCAGUGCUGGUACCCCAAAACGACAGAGUGGACCUGUGUGUAAAGCCUGCAAGGACAACCCAAACAAGACCUGCAGGGUCUGUGCUUGUCACAUCUGUGGGGGGAAGCAGGAUCCAGAUAAGCAGCUCAUGUGUGACGAGUGUGACAUGGCCUUCCACAUCUACUGCCUCAACCCUCCCCUCAGCAGAAUCCCAGAUGAUGAGGACUGGUAUUGCCCUGAAUGUCGAAAUGACGCAAGUGAGGUGGUUUUAGCAGGAGAGAAAUUAAAAGAAAGUAAAAAGAAACAAAAGAUGGCAUCUGCUAAUUCCUCCUCCCGGAGAGACUGGGGCAAGGGCAUGGCGUGUGUUGGGCGCACCAAGGAAUGCACCAUUGUCCCCUCCAACCACUAUGGACCAAUUCCUGGCAUCCCUGUUGGCACCAUGUGGAAAUUCAGAGUUCAGGUGAGCGAGUCCGGGGUGCACAGGCCCCACGUGGCGGGGAUCCACGGCAGGAGCAACGAUGGGGCCUAUUCCUUGGUGCUGGCAGGAGGAUAUGAAGAUGACAUUGAUCAUGGGAAUUCCUUCACGUACACAGGGAGUGGGGGGAGAGACCUCUCUGGGAACAAGCGCACGGCAGAGCAGUCCUGUGAUCAGAAACUCACCAACAUGAACAGAGCCCUGGCUCUGAACUGCAGUGCCCCCAUCAACGACAAGCACGGGGCCGAGGCCAAGGACUGGCGGGCGGGGAAGCCGGUGCGGGUGGUCAGGAACGUCAAGGGAGGCAAGCACAGCAAGUAUGCUCCUCUGGAGGGCAACAGAUACGACGGCAUCUACAAGGUCGUGAAAUACUGGCCUGAGACAGGGAAAUCUGGGUUUCUAGUGUGGCGUUACCUGCUUAGGAGGGACGAUGAAGAACCUGCUCCAUGGACCAAAGAGGGAAAGGACAGGAUGAAAAAGCUUGGCCUGACAAUGCAGUAUCCUGAAGGAUAUUUGGAAGCUGUUGCAAACAAAGAUAAGGAAAAAGAAAAUAAUGGAGAUGAUGAGUUUGAUACCCCGGGGAAAGGGAAGAGGAAAAGGAAAUCAGCAGGUGGGGAGGAAACACCCGUCACCUCUCCAGCAGGGACUCCAAAGAAAACUAAAGUUGAGCCAUACAAGCUGACAUCCCAGCAGAAAUCUCUUAUAAAAAGUGAUGAAGCAAAUGAAAAACUGUGGAAUGAAGUCCUAGAGGCUCUCAAAGAUGGACCGAAAUUUCUGAAUAAAGUGGAGGAGGCCUUUCUUUGUAUUUGCUGUCAGGAGGUCGUGUUCCGGCCCGUCACCACCGUGUGCCAGCACAACGUCUGCAAGGACUGCCUGGACAGGUCCUUCAAGGCCUCGGUGUUCAGCUGCCCCGCGUGUCGCUACGAGCUGGGCCGCAGCUACAGCAUGGAGGUGAACGAGGCCCUGCAGAGCGUCCUGGCCCAGCUCUUCCCCGGCUACGGCAGCGGCCGGUGAUCCCCCAAAGCACUUCUCCCUCCCUCCCCAGACCUACCCCUGGGCUUAAUUUAAAACAAAACAAAAAAAAAGGUAGUUUGUGUUUUUUCCCACCCCCAGCAAAAAUGGUUUUAAGUCUUCCUCGUUUUUAAAAAAAAAAAACAAACCCUGUAAACUCCAAGGAUUAUCCUUUGGUAUGUUCGUGGAUUUUUUGUUCUCUAUGUUGAACUUUGCAUUUUUUUUAUUCAUCCCCCCAAACCUGUCAUUCAUCAGCACAGAAUUAUUUGUUUCUAAUGGACUGAAAGUGCUUCCGGUGAGGCUGCUAAUGAUGAGGAAAGUUCUCAGAGUGCCCCUGUGCCCCUUUUAUUUUUAUUUUUUAUUCCAAAAAUGGCUUGGUUGCUAGAACAAUCUUCACUGUCUGGGGAUUUGGCCAUCAAGGUAGACUUGUGCAUCACCUUGGCAGCAUUUUGAUACUGAAUUUGUACAAGAUGGUUCCUGGCUUUUGUACCACAAGUAGGUUUUUACUAUUUUUUUUUGUAAGAACUGGGUUUUAUACAUUUGACAAAAAGCCGUUUCCUGCGAAUUUUGUAUCUCAGAACCAGAAGGCUGCUUGCUUAGAGCCAAGUUGGUUGGAGCAAUAUGAAGUACUACCUCACUGGACUUCUCUUAGGGAAGGAUUUGUUCAGCCAGGUGCUGUCCCCUGUCCCGAAAUGCCAUUGUGGAAUAUCCUAAAGCCAUUCUUAAGUGCCUUUUGUCCUUUGCUGGAAGACUGGGCUCUGAAUCACCAUCAAGGUCUCCUUUUUUUUUCAUAAGCACUGAAUUGUUGGGACUUGCCAGCCGGAUUCUUUGGGAGCGUGGAUCACUGUAGCUGUGUGUGAUUAGUGGGGAUUUACAAAGGAUCAGGUUUCCUAGUUAUAGAUGUAUUGGGGAGUUUUUUUUUUUUUUCUUUGUUUCACUGCAUUUCUACCUGGAAAUGAAAAAUAACCAAUUCUGGCUUUUUUAAUGAACCAUUUUGUAUUGGCCACGCCUGGAGAAGGCUCCCUUGGUUUCCCUCUAACAUUACCAAAGUUUGCAGUUUGAUACCUCAGCAAGACAGGGAUGAUUUUAAUCACACUUUUCUGCAGACAGACUGGAACAAAUGUGCCUAUUAUUGGUUUCCUCAACCCUUACCCUUUGGAAAGUGAUUAUGUUAAUAUGUUAGGGAAAAAGACCCCGCAACAUUUUAUACAUUUUUUGGUGAACUUGUCAAUUUUUUGUAUAAUGUGCAAGUCGAUGUUCUCAAAAUAAAUAUCUUUUCAAAUUGA